AUGUUUCGACUCGUUCUCUCUACCAGAAAUAAUGGAAUGGUGAGGUGUGCCUUCCCGGCCCUCACGAUGGCUCUCCGUCAGGGUCAUCACGCCCAGACCCAUCACGACUUCUCCGACUGCUUUACGCGCAAACUCACCCCAGAAGAGGAGGAAAUACUUCAAAUCCAACAGGAUCGACGAAAGGUGUCUGCGGUGGUUCCGGGAAAAAUGUUCAUGCGGCAUUGGAUAGCGGCAGAGCAAUCUACAGUGUCUGUUGUCAAUCGUGUGAUGUCCGGCAUUAUUGCGGUGUUUCUGAUGUUGUGGGCCUGUUGCUAUGCGACGAUGGGAUAUAACGGCCACAACUGCGCACACGUGGCGGGAUGGACGUUUAUUGCCUACUGGGUAGUACUGCACACACACUGCAUGACACUGAUUCCAGUCUUUAUCACUAUCGCUAUGCUGCAACUCCUUUUUAACUAA